AUGGAGUUUAAGAAGACUGCAGUUUUCAUAUCAGUGCUGUGUUUACUUGGACACACAUGUGAUGGAGCCAAAAUAAAUACUCCGAGGGUGUUGUUACCUUGGCUUGAGGAUUUGAAUAUAAAUUUCACCUUUGAAAUCAUCGAGGGGGGUUGUUACACAUGGAGUUUGUCUCGCGAUGACAUCAUUGACUUGGAGCCGCUGUACGAUGAUGCUACAGGUCAUUGUUCGCGGGCGGCGCGUGUCUCCGUCUCCAAGUCCUGUGUGCCACCAGGCUCGGUGAUAAUUCUUGCCGAAGAAGUCCAUACAGGCGAGAUUCUCCGAGGUGAUGUGGACAUAGACAAAAUAAGGUCUUUGAAGAUUAUGAGUACCACAUGGAACCUGUUCCUGGAAGAAGCUCCUGAAGCUUUUGAAGUUGUGGCUUAUGAUGACCAGGGGAACAAAUUCUCAACGCUGGAAGGUAUAAGCUUUGUAUGGAGCAUAGAGAACCUCGGAAGCAAUGUUGGAGAAGAUCCUUUAGUUACGCUUGUCCGCUGGAGAGACACAGACUAUGAAGCUCCAAAAGGUGUCACGGAGCUUGAAGCUCGUGGUCUCCGGUCACACUCGGUACUUCUAUAUGGUCAGGCAAUGGGCGAAUCUCGGGUUACCGUGUGUCUUGAAGACAUUUGCACUAAUUUCAACUUGCAAGUUAUUGCCAGUGUUGUACUGAUGCCUGCCAUCGCUAGUAUUGUGCCGGGAGAUUCUUUGAGAUACAAGGUUGUAAGGGCACGAGCAGGCCGUCUCACCGUCCAAGACAUAACAGAAACCGUAUACUACUUAAAAGUACCAGACACAAGCAUAGCCCUGUUAGAAGACAGCAUCAGCUUAGUCAAAGGAACGGACAUAGGCACGACCAAUGUGUUCCUGAUGUCAGGAGCUACCGAAGUAGCAACGGCAACACUGACCGUUGCUGAAGCACAUUCUAUCCGAGUCUCUAUACGUCCCUCAAACUUAGUCAUCAAAGGCGAACCCUUCGUAGUACAUUGCAUUGUUCUCGAUGACAAAGGCCAUGCUUUAUUGGCCGGUGACCAGAUUCUAAUAAGGCUUACAGUAGAAGGAGAAGCGAAUGUGGACCUUUUGCGGUCAACGGAGAAUGGAACUUUGACUGAUGCGGUUGCACAUAAUGCUGGUUCGUUUGUUAUCUCUGCGAAGUUGUAUUCUAUUGGUGGGAAGACUAUUUCGCGAAAGGUGGAAGGUCAAGUAUCAGCUGAAGCGAUAGAGCCCCUACAAAUUAUACCACCACAUCUAUUUGUAUCCUGGACAGACACUCUGCAGGAAGUCUCACUAAAGCACUUAGGAGGUGGUGAUGAACCUGUAGUAUGGUCGGAGAUAGAGAGUGUGUUGUCACCUGACCCACUCUCUUUGGAUUCUGAUGGAGUAGUAACGAUACGAGGACCUGGCCAGAUCGGAGUGAGAGUACAGCUCAAGAAAUACCCACAUGUCAAGGCUAUUGGAAAGGUGUUAUCCGCUCCAUUCGAAAUGCUCCAAGUGUCGAGUUCAGGCCACGCCCGCGUCGGUAAGCCACAUUACCUACACAUCGCACUGACUGCCACGCACCCGGAGACAGGAGAACUGUAUAAUUUCCAUACUUGUAACUGUGGCUCUUUCGCUGUUACUCUACUGGAGGGACCUGAACCACAAAAUGUUACCGUCGCUAGUUGGAUGCAACCUGCUGACGGCGCAUGUUGCGUGUUGGAGUGCGCGUGGUCGUCGCGCGGCGUGUCGACGGUGCGCGUGUCGCGCGGCCGCGCGGGCGACAGUGCGCGCGUGGCCGUGCGCGCCGCGCCGCGCCUGCUGUGGCCGCCGCACGCCGCCGCGCUGCCCGGCGCCGCACUGCCGGUGCUAGCCGAGGGUGAAGCCCUAGUCCCCCAGUCCCUGGACUCCCGGGUGGCUGACAUAUCAGUCCGCGACGGUCCGCCGCCACACCGGUACCCUGACGUACAACUGUUCACCUUCAAGUGUCGGAGGAAAGGCGAGUCUGUAGUGGAGCUAGUGUCGACAGCGGGCGAGGAGCGCGAGUCAGUGUCGCUGGAGGGAGGCUGCGCCCCGCACGUGGCGCGUGUACGACUGGAGCCGCCCGACACUCCCGGGAACUGCUCUAAUGCACACAAAAUAUGGCUGCGUCCAGGCCAAGAAUUAUCAGUAAAAGUAACGCUCCUGGACGCGAUAGGCCGUGAGCUUCUCGACGAAAACGGUCCUAAGAUGUCCUGGGAUAUUGAACCUUAUCACCCCGGCUUACAGUUCCAAGCUACAGACAGGUUGUUUGUUGAAACACACCCUGACUACGCUCCUGUACCUGUGCCGUAUAAGUAUUACCAAGUAGUGUUGGCUGAUAACACGGCUAUCGGCUGGACGGGUGCGUUGAAGGCAAGCAUUCCUGAAGCGACUGCCUCCAUACAAGCGAGGGUUGUAGCGCCGUUGAAAUGUGAUCCACUCAAGGUAAACAUAGCCUGGGAAUCCGAGACAGUAACCAACAUAGCGAGUAUAACUGGCGGUAGUGGUCGUUACGCCGUGGAAGCACCGAAAGGAGUGUCAGCAGAGGUCGAGGAUGGCUCUCUAUCGGCUAAUGUACCUGGACCAGGGUCGUAUGACCUUAUAGUCACCGAUCUGUGUGUUCAAGGAGAAAAACAACUCGUAGAGGUUCACAUCGAAGAAGUACUAAGCGUGGAAGUAUCGACAUCUCACGCGGUCGUAGUAGGUGCGUGCGUGCCCGUGAGUGCGCUCGUGAAGGGAGUCUCCCACCGAUACCUCACUGUUGGGAAACCACCCGAAUGGAGGACUUCUGGGUAUAUUUCCAUCCAGGAUGGCUCUCUAUGUGGUCUCCAAGAGGGUAUGGGUAAAGUCAGGGCGUUAUUUGGCGGAGUCUGGAGCCCUGAAGUUGAGGUGCAAGUGUUCCCGUCGCCGCACCUGGCGCGCCUGCACUACCACCACGCGCACGGCACGCCGCACGUCGAGGUGACACCAUCUGGUUCCGUACACGGUCUGUCAAUCGGAACAUCUCGUAUCAAGCUUGUGGCUACUGAUUUUAAUAAUGUUGAGAUGGCAAGCGCUGAAGCUGAAGUUGAGGUGGUCCCAAUAUCAGGCAUACGUGUAAAGGCAGCUACACAAAGCUUACUGGUAGGGUCUCCGAGCCCCUUGUGGAUAGAGGCAGGAGGUCUCAGUGCCGCAGCCCUGGCUGCCCUCAUGCCACCGCCAAGAGUCACUUGGACUCUGAGAGACCCUACUACUGCCAGAUUGUAUACUACUCAUGCUGAUGACAUGCUUGAGAGAUCAGUAGCUGAAGGGUUGUCAGUACGAGUGGUACCGCUGAAACCGGGCGUCAUCGCCAUCGAUGUCCGAGUGCGAAACAUGGGACAGGCAGCAGAAACCCGCUCCUGGGACAGUACAAUCGAGAUUCUUGGUCUUGCCGACAUCAGAACAUCAGUGGAAGGUCUUUCCAAGGAGAUAUCCUCAGGAGACAGACUUGCACUAGCCGUGAGCUCUGUCAUCAAACUGAAGUCUUUGCCGAGAGGAACUUGGAAGGCAUAUGGUGAUGGAGCCAUAACUAUCAGUCCAGCUGGUGAACUAACUGCUAUAAGACCUGGUCAUGGAGUCAUUGUAGCGCAGCAUAAGGAUGAGAGGAACAAUAUCUUUAGAGAGACGGCCAUCCCAGUAGAAGUGUCAGUCCCGUGGUACUGUACCGCGGAGUCGUCCGGCGAGUCCCCCGAGGCGGCGCUGCGCCUGGUGCUGCGCUCGCCGCUCGGCCGCGCCCUGCUCGCUCCACACGCCAACGUCAGCGCCGCCGGACCGUUGAUCGUACAUAACCGACCGGCUAGACAUACGGACAGUGUCCUUGGCACAGAGCUGGUGAUACCAGAUUUGGAUGUGACAGGCGCAUUCAUGACAUUCCAAGGGACUGUGAGCGGUGUUACUGUAAAGGAUGAAGUUUUGGUCACCGGGACUGACGUGAAAGCUGAUAGGGUCGUUGCGACCGGCAGUUGGGGCGUGUGCGUGGAGGGCGCGGGCUGGCGCGCGCCGGGCGGCGUGGCGGUGUACGGCGGCGGCGCCGUGUCGCUGGCGCUGCUGGCGCGGCCCGGGCCCGCCACGCACGUGCUGCGCAGGGACCGCCCGCAACACGUCUUCACGCUGCACCAGCUGCAGCUGGAUAAGAUGGAGUUCCUCCCCGGCGAAUGGGCAUCAGAACUAGUUCCACUCUCGUUCACGGCAUCAGGUCUAUCAUCAGGCCCGCUCCUGUGUACUGAGGAGCAGAGAUAUGCCCUGGAGGGCACUCCCAUAGAGUUACCUUACACCUGUCGGACUAAGGCACCGCAUACUGCUGAGCCUGUUAUUGAUAUUAUUAAUGGACAAAUGGGCUGCAAGAUAAUCCCAGCAGCAACAGUCACAGACGCUUCGGAAGUAGAAUUAUGUGCUGAAUGGGGAACGUAUAGGACAUGUACGAAAACAUUACUGUUACCUCAAGUACGAGUGUCUACUAACAAGGUGUCUUUGCUCAACCCACCGGCUACGUUCACUGUGAUGGGUCAUUCGCACGCCCUGAAGUUAGUCAGGUUGACGCCUUCGCCCGGUCUGAAGAUAGAAACGAGGAUGGAUAAUGGAGAUUUACUAGUGACAGUAACAAACGAAGCGUCGACGUGCGGGUACGGCUGGGUGUCGGUGCGGUCCAAGCUGACGUCGCAGGAGCUGCGGGUGGACGUGCAGCGCGAGUGCGACGUGGCGUGCGGCACGCUGCUGGGCGCGUUGUUCUCCUUGUUGAAGCCCUACAUGUCCACCAUUGUCACUGUCGCUGCGGCCGCUGCCGGUUAUUUGUAUGUACAACAAAGAAUGCAACGAAAAGCGCCAAUCCGGAUGCCAACAGAUCCAAACGAGACCGUACUCCCACCCGAUGUGACACCCAUCCAAAACAGGUCGCGGACAUGGUCCCGCAGUCCGUACGCGUCCAGUGGACCCACUGCCCCAGUAUACGGCGACGCAAGCAUGUUACCUGAACAGAGCUUUUCUCCAAACUCGACCAGGAAUUCAAUGUUUCUAUAG